AUGCCAUUGGAUAAGAGCUGGACUAAAAUCACUAAUAAGGUAGAUCCAGUGUUCAUUAAUGGAGCGAUAGCUUUUGCAGAAAGGGGUAAAACAUAUGUUGAUAGUGAAGGUAGGAUACAUUGCCCGUGUAAAAAGUGUGUGAAUGCAAGAAGACAUGUUCCCACAGUCGUUGCUGAUCAUAUCAUCUAUAAUGGUUUUGAACCAUCAUACAAUGUAUGGAUUCAUCAUGGUGAACAUCUUUCGGGUUAUGAAACAGAUGAUACAGAUAGUGACUAUGAAGAAAGUGAAAACGAAUCAAAUGACGGUGUCAAUGAGUUACUUGAUGAUGUUUUUCCUACGGGUGACGAAUCUGAAGCUGAAAACUUCAUGGACGGUGUCAAUCUACGUAAUAACCCAAAGGUGGAAAAGUUAUUUGUCGAUAUGGAGAAGCCUUUAUACCCCGGGUGUGAUGAGUUUUCUGUACUAGGCUUUUUACUAGAGUUGAUGAACGUGAAGGUAACAUGCAAAAUGACAAAUGUGUCAAUGGAUAUGAUUCUGAAUUUGUUUAGUCGGGCCUUCAAGGAUGCAAACUUGCCGAAAAACCAUUAUGAGGCGAAAAAGUAUUUACGUACUCUUGGACCAGGAUACAAAUCUAUUCAUGCUUGUAAACAUGAUUGUGCAUUAUUUUGGAAAGAAAAUGCAGAAUUACAAAAUUGCCCCGUGUGUGGCACUAGUCGUUAUAAGGAAAAUAGUAAAGGGAAGAAAAAACCGGUAAAAAUUUUGCGUUACUUUCCCAUCACAAGUAGACUUAAUUACUUAUAUGCCUCAAGACACACUGCUAAGGAAAUGUUGUGGCACGAUAAAUACAGAACCAAAGAGGAGGGGGUUCUUAGACAUCCAGCAGAUGGAAAGGCAUGGAAACACUUUGAUACAAUGUUUCCUGAUUUUGCAAAGGAUCCUAGAAAUGUUCGCCUAGGGCUUGCAAGUGAUGGUUUCAAUCCGUUUGGUGCAAAGAGUCUCUCCUAUAGUAUGUGGCCUGUUGUGCUCAUACCAUACAAUAUGCCUCCUUGGAAGUCUAUGGUCGAUGCUUCAUUUAUGUUGACAUUGCUGAUUCCUGGAAGCGAUUCACCACGUAAUGAUAUUGAUGUAUUUUUGCGUCCACUAAUAGAUGAGUUGAAACUUCUAUGGGAUAAGGGUGUUGAAACAUAUGAUUGUGAAUCAAAACAGAAAUUCAACAUGCGUGUUGCACUUCUAUGGACAAUUAAUGAUUUUCCUGCGUACGGUUAUUUGUCUGGAUGGAGCACGAGUGGAUAUAAGGCAUGUCCAAUAUGCAAUGAAGAUGCGAGCAGUAUACGUUUACGAGAUAGAAUAGGAUAUGUAGGUCAUAGGCGAUUUCUCCCGACCGAUCACUCUUGGAGGAAAGCACGAGAUUUUAAUGGACAGAGAGAGACUAGGCUUGCACCUAAAAUUGUUAACGGAGAUGAUUGCUUACAUCAGUUGAAACAUCUCCCUAUACAUCAGCAUGGAAAACAUCCGGAUCAUGUUGGUAAAAAGAGAAAACGAAACUCACAUGAUAUAAACUGGUCAAAGAAAAGCAUCUUCUUCGAACUCCCAUAUUGGCCUAAGUUAUUGAUUCGUCACAACAUUGACGUGAUGCAUGUGGAAAAAAAUGUGUGUGAGAAUGUGUUGGGAACCCUAUUAAACAUAGAAGGAAAGACGAAAGAUACUGACAAAGCCCGACUAGAUUUGGAAGAUAUGAACAUACGUAAAGAGCUUCACUUGGUUAGAAAGAAUGAUCAUUGGGUUAAACACAUGCUUUAUGGGUAUGCUGGAAAUUUAGCUAAAAAUGUGAUUGCUGAGCAAGGUAAGAUUCGUGAGGCAUUAGUGGAGUUGUCUCAGUUUUUCAAGAAACUUACUCAAGUCACAUUACACGUGAAUGAGUUGGAAGCGUUGAAAGAAGAUGUAGUUAUGAUUUUGUGCAAGCUUGAACGUAUAUUUCCCCCAUCAUUUUUUACAGUUAUGGUGCACUUGUGUGUGCAUCUUCCUCAAGAGGCUAUUUUGGGAGGAUAUGUACAAUCGAGGUGGAUGUAUCCAAUCGAAAGAUACCUUGGACAUUUAAAAAAAUAUGUUAAAAACUUAGCUAAACCCGAAGGCUCGAUAGCAGAAGGUUUUGUUGUUGAAGAAGCUAUAACAUUUUGUUCACACUAUUUACGAGGUGUUGAAUCCAAGUUAGACAAACGUGAUAGAAAUGAUGACAAAACCUCUAGUGAUGCUCAAAGUUGUGCGUUGGAUGUUUUUAGAUUGAAUGGUCGAGGUAUUGGGAAGAAAGAAGUACAUAUCCUUCCUAGUAAUCUUAUGAAAAAAGCAAUAUGGUUUAUCUUCAACAAUUGUCAAGAGGUUCAGCCGUACUUAGAGUAA